AUGUUCGACUGGAUCUGGAUGAAAUCAACACGUGGCUCAAUCUACUUCAAUCCAACCAAAUUGAAGCAAAUGGAAACCCAUGUGCGCACAUUGAACACCGCGAACGAAUUACUGAUGCGAGUGUCAGUGUCCUCUUCUAGUGAUCUAAGUCAGAAAAUAAAAUUUGAUGAAGCUGCGCAAUCAAUUGGAUACCUGGAAGCAUUGUGCCAUAUGGCAUGGCUACGGCUUCUGGAAUUGAUUGCCUGUUUAGAGCACAACUUCUGCGCCGAAUCUAAACCGGUUACUUAUCCCCGUCGCGUACUAUCACCGUUCAGUCCGAAAGGCGCACUAGAAAGUGGUUUUGAAUCGGAACUCAGUCCACAACCAUUCUACUGUCAACAUCACUAUUCUGGACGGUCUUUACGAAUGAGUCAUUCACAAAUCGAAACAGCGGAUAUGCCGAACGACUUGGACACACGUCGGCCGAGGCUCCGCGCCUGUUCGGUUUCGCAGACCUGUCUGAUUGAGCGAUCUACACCACCGUCGGUUGGAGAACAGCCUGGAUUGGAUCAACCACACUCAGAUUCCGGUGACCAAUUUGAAGUUCUGUCCGCCUCAAAGGAGGAUGUAACAAUCCCGAUACCGCCCCUGGACUCCACUACGGCUGUUAGAGAGACACAAAUCCAGGACAGCGCGGAACGCCCUUGUGAAAAGUAUGAUCCCUGUGAUUUGGACAACUUGCAAACUAAACCAGUCACUGGGCCCCCAUCCACAGAGGGCAUAUAUAUGGGCGAACAUACUUUGCCUCAUCAGCGGGCGAUAAAGAAGUCACGGAAGCGGAGAUUUCAUAUUCACCGAAUUACACGAGGCAAGCACUGGACAGGUGCAACUAAUGCCACGCGCAACUGCCGUUCCACACCAGCCCUAUCCAAUGUGCCACCUAUCUACAGGAUUUUAAUGCGAAAGCCUACCAGGCGACUGCUGCUAGCCGUUACCCAGGAUACCAAGGGUAUUAGGCCAGUGACAGAUCGAUCCAAUCAGAAGCCAUUGAACAUGGAACGAUUACGAGCAACACAGGAUCCUCGACUGCGCUGGCAUGCUCGCUGGUUGACCUCCCGAGUGAACAAGACCACAGAAGCAGAUAUGGAAGAUCUAUCUACACAGGAUGUGUCCCUUCACACCACCACUCCUUCAAGCGGUGCUGCCGACUCUAAAAAGGUCGAACCUACAAUGACACCAGCACCGUUUGUACUCGUUCGGCAUAAAUCCAGACGUCAGCCAACAGCCCUGACAAGACAGCUUCGCCGACACGCCCCCCAUCGUCGAUCACACCCGGUUAUAUGGCGACGUGGACCCCGACCAAGGGACCGUAACUCCGCAUUCACCCUCACGGUUCCUCCACCCAGGCCACACUCGUUUUGUGUACCAUAUUCUACCGGAUUGGAUCGACCUCUGGGUCCUGCCCGAGGUAGCCACAGUGAGAGUUCAUCCAUCGACGGGGAUGCAAGCGAUCCGGAAUACCGACUAUGGCAAACUCGAGUGAAAUCCUACCUGGACGCCGCAGCCCAAGCGGAUGAUUGGGUCCGAAGCCAAUAUGGCCCAAUUUAUUUAAAGCGAUACCUUUCUCCACCCAUAGGACGACGCCAACGACCACCAGGAUCUGGAUUAGGUGUGUCUAGUUCGCCAGACGAAGGUAGUCCACAAGUGCGCGAUGAACUUCUUCUGAAUUCCACAGGCGCAGUUGACUCAACUCGGUUGGUGCUGGAUUGUCAAGAACCAUUGUUAAAUUUCUGGGAUGAUUAUCAGGCUCCGCUCUAUUCGAACUCUAGUGAUACCGAUGGCUGUGAACCAGUCAGCACAUAUGCUGAGGAAUUUCCAUGGGAUGAUAUAGCUGCCUCUUGUUUGAGUGAUGCUAGCCAAGAAGAUGUAUUUCUUCGCGAGAUUCAGGCAGCCAAACCCAAAUCAACCUCUUCCGUUCCGCCGCGCUCCACAGCCACAACACCGGGUGAUGAGGUGAACAGUGCGGUUCGAUCGUCAACUAGGAUUGAUGUCACAGAAGCACCGGUAUAUCGACAGGAUACGAUGGAGCUAUCCACCUCAACAUCCGUGUUGUUCAAUCAGAAAUCCAGCAGUUUGGACGCAAGUUUUGAGGUAUGCAGCCAGUCGGCCACCACUGGUGAGUCCAACAAUGUAGACACACAUGAUAGUCCAGCCAGUAAUUCCAACAGUUCGGGGAUAGUAUGCGGUUUACGAACUCAUCCAGACGGGGGUUCACAACCAUGCUUGGACGCGGACACAUCAACCAAGGCCGUUCAAUCCAAUGGGCUACAUGCCUUGGAAAACCAAAUGCGUCACACAGCAUCAUGCAUCUCGAUGUUAGAAUCGCAUUUCCUGGUACGAUUACCGACGAUUGGUCCGGAACAGCAACCUCUUCAGAACGUGGAAACUAAACACAACUAUUUCAAUCCCUAUCUGACGGAUCACCGUAAAUGUCAAACCCUUCCUCGGGCUUCGGCUAAACGCAAGCGGAGGCAACAACUGCUCGCAUGUGAAGCGUGUACAACUGAUGUGAGCCAGCGAAACCGAUUGUCUGCCACAGCCAGUUUAGACGAAUUGUCUCACUGGAGUGACCGAGGACCACGAUUGGAUAUUUUACGUUUUUCCAGACAACGAUUGUUGGAACUGCGUACCCUGUUCAGUCGGUUGAUGCAAAUCAACCCGGGCAAGAUCAAAGAUGCCGGUUCCGUUACUUGUGAAGAGAUGACUUUAUCCCACUGGCAGAAUAGUCUCUCCCAUGUGACUCAUUUGGCUGAGGCGAAUCUCCAACUGCUCACCGAUCACACACUGGGCUCUGUGAUCUGUUCAUCUGAAUGCUCACAUAAACAUUCACCAUCCGACUUAUCAUCAUCUGAAUGGUUAAAUUGUCCCGAGCUGAAAGAUCUUCAAAUGCAGUGGGUUCAGUUCACUGACCAGGCUCGUAACUGGCUACUGCAAUCCUAUUCGCAAGAGGCGACUCAACAGCAAUUGAACGACCUGAAGUCACGCAUUGCCGAGCUCAAUCAGAUCAUGCAGCGUGUCCUGGUCACCGAACCUGUGAUGUGGAAAUCCCAGAUCAGCGAAACACAAGCACCAGUUGAAUCCAUGGGCUCGCAGUUUGAAUUCCAUUCCGCCAGUCAACGGGACUGCGAACUGAGCAGACAGAUUCAUCACUGUAUGAAAGAGAUCGAAGAAAUGGGCGAACGGGUUCAUCAACUUCGUGAAGAAUUUGAACGUCAUGUGAUCCAUUCGCAGGGUAUUGCACGUGACAGUGAGCAUUUACCAACCGCAAAUUUUGUCGCAUGGCGUGAUGACAAUCUGGUGAGCGAGCUGGAUCAAUUGACUCACGAACUAUCAGCAAACCAGCAACGACUAACCUCCUGGCUGACUAUGAAAUCAACCUCUCCCCAAACAGAGGCGCAACAAAUGGAUGAACCGCGAGACAGUUCGGAUGAGCAAGACUGGGAGCACGUGGACUAUCCAGCCCAGUUCGCAGAGGUAAAACUCCGCCUGUUUCCCCCUAGGCCUCUCUUUCCAUCGGGCUACUUGCCUUCCGAAUGCGCUAAGGGUUACAAAUAA